AUAAGCUUAAUAGAAAAUGCGUGAGUGCAUAUCCAUACAUGGCGGACAAGCCGGAGUUCAGAUCGGGAACGCCUGCUGGGAGUUGUAUUGUCUCGAGCAUGGAAUUCAGCCUGACGGACAGAUGCCUUCGGACAAAACUGUCGGUGGCGGGGAUGAUUCCUUUAACACAUUCUUCAGUGAGACUGGAGCAGGCAAGCACGUACCUCGAGCAGUAUUUAUCGACUUAGAGCCUACAGUGGUAGACGAAGUGCGUACAGGGACUUACCGUCAGCUGUUCCACCCUGAACAACUUAUCACGGGUAAAGAGGACGCAGCGAACAACUACGCGCGGGGUCAUUACACUAUUGGGAAAGAAAUUGUGGAUCUGGUGUUAGACAGAGUGCGCAAGCUCGCAGAUCAAUGCACGGGACUACAAGGAUUCCUCAUAUUUCACUCCUUCGGUGGAGGCACAGGAUCAGGCUUCGCUUCCUUACUCAUGGAACGUCUCUCCGUAGAUUACGGUAAAAAGUCGAAGUUGGAAUUUGCCAUUUAUCCCGCACCGCAAAUAUCAACUGCUGUCGUAGAGCCAUAUAACUCAAUCCUCACAACUCAUACGACGUUAGAGCACUCGGAUGCAGCGUUCAUGGUCGAUAAUGAAGCCAUUUACGAUGUCUGCAGAAGAAAUUUGGAUAUUGAAAGGCCAACCUAUACUAAUUUGAAUCGUUUGAUUGGACAAAUAGUGUCUUCUAUCACAGCAUCCCUUAGAUUUGAUGGUGCGCUGAACGUUGAUUUGACGGAAUUUCAAACCAAUUUAGUUCCGUAUCCUCGUAUCCACUUUCCACUAGUAACGUAUGCUCCUGUAAUCUCGGCUGAAAAAGCCUAUCAUGAG